CCCACAAGCAGAUCCAGCUUGACCUAUCCAUCCAACUAGUCGUGGAUCGCCAUCGACCUACCUGCUUAUCUAGCAAGACUGCAAGAUGAUAAGCCGAUUUGACAGUGAAAAUCACGUCGCACGUGUCAUGUCAGAUCAACCUAUCCUCAACAUACUGACGAGGAAGAGGGAUAGUUUUGAUGGUGCGAGAAGUGGUCGAGUCAAACCGUUGGCUGAGUUUGAUAUCACACCACAUGCCCUCACCUUGGCAAAUUACCUCCAUCACCUUCGGGUCUCCACCCUCUGGCAGCACCUAUGCAUUAUACAAAGGAGUACGGGGGGUGUAACCGAGGAAUCCAACUUGAGGAAAGCAUUGAAGUUGUUGGCCCGUUACCAAUCUGCCAUCUUAGACCCUGCACUAACAACUGUCUACCAUAAAGGAUGCUUUGCCAUCCCCAAGAUGGACGAGAUCGUGCAAUAGCAAUGAGGAAGGUCCCUUUUGGAAAGUAUUUCCCCUUGUAAACCUGGGCUAGGAGCGACUGUGGGUCAUUUAGGAUGCUCCAUCCAAUUUUGGCCAAGAGCGCCUGAUUAAAAUGUUCAAAACGGCGAAACGCCAUUGCCCCCAUCAUGCUUACUCCGAUACAUAUUGUGCCAAGACAUCCAACGUAUCCGGGAAUGACCCUCAUCAACACCCGAGCAAAAUCUGAAUACAUGUAGAACUAAGAGGCGACAAAGAGAGAGGGAACUUGAAACAGGACAUGACAUGUAAUGGCAUAGCUAAAGUCACUAUUUAAUCAAUGUCUCAUUUGUUG